AAAACUUCUCGCACACUUCCAUCUUUCCAUGGCAUGGUCACGGCCAUGGCCAUUUCCUUCACAUCCUUUCUCAAAACCACUUCUCUAAUCUUAACCCUCUUCUCCAUUCUCCUCUUUUUCCUCUUCUCUCCUCGUUCGUCGCAGCUUCCUCGCAGAUCACUCUUGGCCAGCAACUGUUCGACUAGUUUCCCCACCCAAAACCACCACUCAGAUGGCCUGUUCGACUACUUUUAUUUUCACUCUUGCCAUUUCAAUCAAAACCCUUUUCUCUCUAUUCCCUCUCUCUCCCUCCUCGCCCUUCUUUUCUUCUACAUUCUCAUCAAAACGGCCCAAUCCCACUUCUCUCUAGUUACCACUCAGCUUUCGACACUCUUGAAUCUCUCCCCAAGUAUGGCUGCUGUCACGCUUUUAGCGUUGGGUAAUGGGUCUCCGGAUAUUUUUUCGUCCGUCGUUGCGCUUCGUAACGGUCAGUACCGAACUGGGUUCGGGGCGAUUUUGUCGGCGGGGGCGUUUGUUUCGGCUUUUGUUGUCGGGUUUGUGGCGAUUUAUGCGGCUCCUUUUACUGUUGAUGCUGGGUGUUUUGUGAGGGAUGUGGGGUUUUAUUUGGUGGCUGCUUUGUUUUUGUUUUAUGUGUACUUGAGUGGGGAGAUAUUUGUGUGGCAAGCUGUUGGGUUUGUUAUGUUUUAUGUGUUCUUUGUUGGGAUUGUGUUUUGGAUGGAUUUGGGAAUGAAUAGAGGUGAGAAAAAAGUUGAUAAAGAAAUGAGUAUUAGGGGGCUGGAUUGCGAGAUUGGAGGAGAAGUUAAAGAUUUAGAGGAGAUAAAGAUAAAUGAAGGGUUUGGAUUUGCUCAAGUUUAUAAUAAGGUAUCAAAAGCAUGGGAGCUUCCAAUCACUUUUCUUCUGAAGCUCACAAUUCCAGAAACUGAUCCUUCUGAAUGGAACCGGUUUUACUCAUCUGCAAAUAUUGCUCUUUGCCCUUUAUUGCUUUUGUAUGCUUGCAACUCCUUCAUGCCAAUAGAUCAUCCUAUAGCUUUCCUCCUUCCAAACAUCCAUUUCCCUCUCUGGUUUGUAGUACUCUUAGCAAGCACCUCACUUGCACUUCUUCAUUUCAUAGUGGAAACAGAACCCCCAAAGACUGAGCAAUUGCCUGUGGUGGUCAUAGCAUUUGUAAUGAGUGUAUUUUGGAUAUCCAUUGUUGCUGGGGAGCUGCUUAACUGUCUGGCUGCACUUGGGAUAAUCCUUGAAUUGCCUCCAGCUAUCCUUGGCCUCACAGUGCUUGCCUGGGGAAACUCUGUGGGAGAUCUUGUUGCCGAUGUUGCAGUUGCCAAAACCGGGCAUCCAACAAUGGCAAUGGCUGGGUGCUUUGCAGGGCCAAUGUUUAACAUGCUUAUAGGACUUGGAUCAGCUUUGGUAAUGCAAACGGCCAAUGUUCAUCCAGAAGCUUAUCAGCUGCAUUUCCACAUCGGUAUUGUUACUGCUUUUGUGUUCUUGCUCUUGAGUCUGAUGGGAUCUCUAUUAGUCAUAACGUGGUCUAGAUUCCGGGUACCUAGGUUUUGGGGGUUUUGCCUGGUUGGACUUUAUGUCGUUUUUACAGCAGUCAGCUUAAUCAUCGCCAAGUUUUCAGGGUGAUUAGUAUAACCCACAAAAAUGACAGUAUAUUCAGUCAUGCCAUGCAAAGCAGAACUAUACGGUUGCCAGGAUAUGCAAGAUCUUAUGGGAAAAAUGAAAAUGGAGCAAGAAUAUGCAAUUUCUUAUCCGAAAAAGAGAAUGCAGCAAAGAUCAAUGAUAUGAUAUGCAAGCAAGCAUUGUUGUCAAGAGUUGAAAGAAGCCAUGAUUGCAAAACUUUUAAUCCGCAGAUUGAAUAUAGGAAAAGCUUAUUCCUUGGAUAAAUAGUGUUCUUAUAUUUUUUUUCCUCUAAAAAAAUGAUUGGAGGUAGAAUUUUCUAAAUUGUAAUAGGAAAAAUAUUUGUAUAUUCUUUUAUAUACGUAUACUAGUUUUUGCCAGAACAACUUGAGGAUUAAGGAAUUGUUUUCUUUUUUGUAAAAGUUCUUAGACCACUUU